AUGAGUACGUACCAUAUUCCACGAGGAAAGCGCAUUAGACCACGAAUUCCCCGUGAAGACCUUCUUGAAAUGACUGCUAACGAAUUAAAACAGAAAGGUGCAGAACAACAUUCCCAGGCAAAUCUUUUAAUGGAGAUAGCUGAUGAAUUAUAUUCAAAUGAUGAUCCUCACUUCGCACAAAUUAAAGGUAAACCAUCAAUUCGUCAAAAUGAAGCUUGGAGCCGUGCAUAUUCACUUGUUACUAACUUUCUUCACGAAUUUGAAAUGAAAUUUACGAUCGAGACAUUAGAUAUUGAACUAGAAAAGUCUGUUAAUUACAAGCAUAACAAUGCAGUAGAUCAUGAUUCCGCUUUUGACGAAAUUAUUGAAAUUGCUCAUGCAAAGCGUCCAUCAUUUAAGGACAGAGUCAAAAAAUGGAAAGGUGAAGAUGAAAAAGAGGUUUCCAAGACUAAAUUUAUACGCCCUACAAUGAAAGAUUUGAAAUCAAAUCAAACACCUCACGUAACAAUGCAAAAGCAGCCUCAACCAGAACCCAAGCCUGUUGCAUCGCAACCAGCAAAGCAACAAGCACCACCUCCUAAAAAGGAAGAAAAUCUUUCAUUAUUUGCAGCAGCUAAGAAGAUUCCUGAAAAGAUAGAGAAGAAAGUAAAAGAAGAAAGUUCAGAAGACUGGGAUGAUGAUAUUGAAAUUGAAGAAGAAAUACCAAAAGCUGUUGUUACAAAACCAGAAUCUCCAAAACCACAGCCUGUGAAGAAGGAAGAGCCAAAACAACAACCAAUUACCAAACCAGAACCUGUUAAGCAAGAACCUCCCAAGCCACAACCAGUUAAACAAGAGCCUCCAAAACAAAUUCAGCAAUCACCUGUUAGACAAGCACCACCUAAGCCGCAACCAUCUAAGAGCGAUGACUCUGAUACCAAUCCAUCAAUGCUUGUUCCGAUUCAGGAAGAACCUGACGAAGAAUCCGUUAAUUGGGAUGAUUCAUUUGAAAAAUCCGAACCGGAACAAAAUAUUCCUCUUACAAAGCAAUCCGGUAAUUCAAUCAAUAGAAAUACUAUAAUAGCUGCAAAGAAUAAAGAAUUGGAAACAAUUCAAGAAUCAUCAAGUGAAAAACCAGAAGAACAUAUCGAAGAACCAUCAAAUGAUUUUGUAGUUGAAGAUGAUGAUGAUUCAGUUGAGUUCCACAGCUCAGAUGACGAUGUUUUCACAGAUACUUCAAAAUCAAACAUAACAAGUACAAUUCAAAGCAGCUUUAUCGAUGAAUCUUCUAAAAUUGAAGUACAACAGAAGUCAAACAUAACAAAUAAAGAUUCUUUCAUUGAUGAAUCUUCCAAAGUUGAUGUAGUUCAGAAAUCGGUAUCUGAUGAAAUUAUUGACAUUGAAGACUCAUCUAAAGCUGAAGUAAUUCAAGAUUCUGGAAGUGAUUUCCUCACAAUUGAAGAUGAUUCUGAUAAUUAA